AUGGUGAAAGACGAUUGUGCUUCUAACACCAUUCCUCUGCCUAAUGUCAGUAGCAAAACAAUGACUAAAGUGAUUGAAUACUGGAAGAAACACUUUGAAUUGGAGGAGACCGACGAGUUGAAGACUUUUGACAAGAAUUUCUUGAAGGUACAUCUAUCAGAGUUGUGUGAUCUUAUCAUAGCUGCUAAUUAUCUUGAUGAUAAGGAGUUGUUGGAUGCGUUGUUGAUAGAACCAGAAGAAAUAUGUCAAGCAUACAAUAUCAAAUAUGUCAAGAAGAGGAGCAAUGAAUGA